GAUGAGAGAACAGCGGCUUGUUCCCAUAGAUACAUCCCAACAGAUGAGCUCCCAUGAUACCCAGCUGACAUCGGGGUAUACUACAGAAACCAGUUUGGCUCUUAACAUCACCUGCUGCUGCGUAACGGUGGACACGAACUGGAACACUCUGCAACAUUUCCUCCGUAUAGUCGACAUAGAUUCUACAAAAAUGAUGGACAGUUUUCACGUUUGACGCCGAGGAUCAGCUUUUCCGUGUAUGUGGUUUUAUUUUUUAAUUAGUCAUUAACGCACAAAUAGUAGCCUAUCAUUGUGCCGGACACCCUCGUGUUCCCUCUGCUGACCUUCUCGAAGAUCUGCGUGCCACGUCCAGCUCUUCUCAACCCUAAACGUGGUUCCUGGAUGGGCGAGCUCUUAAUGUCAUUAUAAUGGCCUAUAAGCCUUUAUCUCGCAAUUGGGAUCAGUCUGUUUUAAGAUUAUUAUAACAAAGAUCUUCCGCGUCGCGCGCCCACCUGGUUUUUACGCACAACUAUGAGCUCGGAGAAGCCAAACUUUCUGUCCCAGCCGGUCGUGAAGAACAUUUUCAUGUUCCGCAAUGGGGAUCCUUACUACGAGGCACGACGGCUUGUGAUAAACCAAAAGAGGGUGUCAAACUUUGAGACCUUACUCAAAGAGGUGACUGGCGGGAUACAAGCCCCGUUUGGAGCGGUGAGAAACAUCUAUACACCGAGAGGAGGGCACAAAGUGGACUGCCUCGAUAGCCUUCAGACCGGGGAGCAAUACGUGGCUGCUGGGAGGGAGAGAUUCAAAAGGAUGGAUUAUCUACAGAUUGGCUCAAGAAAGAAGAGACUGAUGCAGACUCUACCAAUUCAGGCCAAACCGCUGCCACCAAAUCGGAUCAUCGUGUCAGCUCGAUUCCUGAAGCCCCUCAAAGAGCCAUGUACAAUAUUUGUGGUAGCAAAUGGUGAUGUCUUGAACCCUGCCAUGAGACUGUUAAUCCACCAGAGGAUGCUCAGCCAGUUCGACAAAAUACUUGAGAUGAUCACAGAGAAGAUGGGUUUGAGAGUCCUGGGCGGAGUUCGUAGUCUGUACACCUAUGAAGGCCACCAGGUGACUGAUGGGAAUCAUCUGGAGAGCAGGCAGCUCUAUGUGGCUGUGGGGAGAGAGAGGUUUAAGAAAUUGCCAUACGGUGAUCUACUUUUCACCAAACCCAGAGAGACGAGGAGGGUCAAUGGAAUGAAAGCUUACUCUCUACCGCCCAUCUACAGAUUCUCCAAGCAAAAUGGAAAUGCUAAGUCUACAGUCAUGUGCAGCGAUAGUGGAGAUGGAGACUCCAAGGCCUCUCCUCCAGGCCACACAAGCAACAACAAGGAGCAUCUGUCCUCCAUUGUCAGAGACAUCUCUCAGGCCAGACUCUUCUCCCUGAGGAAGAAGAGGAGUGGACAGAGCAUGACCCUCAGCAUCGCUGAUAAUGAUCAGCUGGAAUCAAAGGCUGAUGAUGGAAACUCUGAGGACAACUCCCCUCAGGAGCAGUCAGUGGAAGAGAAACCUGCAGAAGAUGAUACAAAAGCCGCAGAGGAGACAGGAGAGGAAAAGGAGGAGGCUGCUGAUAAGAACACGACAGAAGAAGAAGCUUCAGUCAGCAAAGAAGAACAUGAGGAAAACCAGGACAUAAAUGGUGAAAAGGGGGGUGAAAAAGAGGUAGAAGCAUCUCCGGGAUUGGAGGAGAAAGAGGUAGAAGAAGAAAUAAAAAAGGAGGUUACAGAUGAGGAGAAGGAGGAGGUGAAGCGCGAGGUGCAGAGGUCCAAAAGUAACGGUGAUAAGACUCAGGAUAGUGAAGAGGAAAAGGAUAUAAACCAUAGAUCUUCUGAAGGUGAAAAGGAUGAGCAAGACACAAAUGUAGACGAAGAGAAGCAAGAUAAAGAGAGUGGAAAGGGGGAGAAGAGCAGAAAGGACCAAGUUAAUGAUGUAGACACGGGGGAGGAAGAGAAGGAGACCGAAAACAGCAGUGACCCGGGGAAGACCCGGUCAGAUAACGAUACAAUAGAGAACGAUAACAGAAGGAGCAGCAGUAGCAACAGUAGCCAGGACCAAGACAAUGCAAGCAGAACCAAAAGGGGGGGAACCAAAGACACAGGAGAUGAAGAGAGGAAGGUGAAUGGAGAGGUCAGUGAGGAUGAUGAGGAGAAAAGUGAAGCAGAGCUGGACUUUGAGGAGAAAGAUACAGCCAUACGCGAAGAUGCCUCGGCAAACGGAGGGAAAGAGGAGGACGAUGAUGAAGAGAAUGAGGGCAAAGGGAAGGAUCAGGAAGGAAAAAAAGAAACAGCAACUUAAGGGUUAAGUUGUGAUGAAGCAAUGCUUUGCAAUACAUAUCAAAUCGAAUGAGGAUGGCAGAGCUAAUUCCCAGAAAGCAGAGCAUGAAUGAUGAAGACAUAUUUCACUUAAUGGCCUUGUAAAAAACUGCAAUCUUAAAGACGCAGUGUCCAAAUGUGAACAAGUUAGAAGCUUUGAACAUCUGUUUGCUUAUUGAUGCACAGAAAUAUUAUCAUGAUUUCAGGUAUGUAUUCAUUAACUAUUUAUCAGAACAUUAUAUACAACUAUCAUGUGUGAAACAGAUAGAACAAGUAAAGUUUGUAGUUGUAUAACAGACAAAAGAAGAGAAAGGUGUAACAAUCUAUUCAUUAAGUUCUACUUCUGACUCUUGGGCGACAAUAAUAAAUUGUCUGUCUGCACUGUAAUGAAUGAUGCUAGAAGAGGGAAAUGUAGUGAUGCAAACUAAAUAUUUAUAUUUUACAGGUAUGGUGAUGCUAGCUGUGACUUGUUAAAUGUUUUUUUUCUAUAUAUGGUAUAUUUGUUUAUGUCCCAAAGUGUAAUUAGAUAUGUGAAAUAUUUAAGCAUACAACAAGUGUCUGAAUGUUCAUCUAGAUUGUUUGAUAAUGAAUGUAGUUUAUAAGUCUCCUAUGUAAGCUUUACCUAAUUAUAAUACUUUAUCAUUUAGCCAUUAUAGCAUAUCUGCGUAUUUAUGUCUUCAUUCUGACAGAGAAUUGAAGAGAAAAUCAAAGUUAGGCACUUAUUAAAACAUGCUUGAAUACAACAGAUUUUGCGUUGACUCUUUAUCCUUGUCACUUCACCUGGUUGUUAUUCACAACAGAAUAUGAAAAAUAUAUCAAUAUUUAAAGUGUGGUAAUGUGUUUUGUAGCAGUGUUUACUGUACAAUGAAAAAUAUUACUUCAAUUGGACAAGGUUUUCUAAUAGUUGCUUAUCUAUGACACUUUCAUCCCUAUACUGCUAUGAGGACAGUUUAAAUGCCUCUUCUUUGUUAAAGACGUUUGAAUUACAAAACGUUUCACAACAA